UGCCGCCGGCGCGGACCGCAGGAAUGGCGGGCUCCCGGCUGCUGGCCCUGGCGCUGGCUCUGCUGCUGCUCGCGAGACCCGCCGACCCCUCCGUCGUCCUUGCUUACACAGGUGUUGCAUUUACACUAUUCUGGGAGGCAAUAUGUUCAGAAACAAACCAUGACCCCUCCCCAAGUCUAGAUGCAACCUCUGACCCCGCCUCCCCAAAUCCAGAUGCAACCUCUGACCCCGCCUCCCCAAGUCCAGAUGCAACCUCUGACCCCGCCUCCCCAAGUCCCGAGGCAACUCCUGAGUCUACCUCAAGUCUGGAAACCAUAUCCCCGCUAGACCCCACAGCCUCUCUCCCCACCUCUGGGCUCCCCAGUUCCCAGCCGACCACCAUGUCCCAGUCCACGAACUUGGCUCCACAAGGCUCGCCCACUGCGUCCAGCUCCGGCCAGGAUGCAGGCAACCUCUGGAUCCCCACAUCACACAGGAACCCCGGUGUGGUGAUCGUUGUGUGUCUGCUUCUGUCUGUCUUCCUCAUUGGCUCUGUGCUCAUCGCCGUGAGACAUUCCAAUCGAGAGGCCCCACCUUUUCAUAAUCUGGAUACGGUAUCUAUGGGCAGUGUGAACCAGAGGCUACCAUUUGCUGACCGCCUACAGUAGUGACUCUCAGAGGCCUAGAGAUGUGGUGGGGGCGACACCUGGGAAAAGCAGUGUCUGGAAACCUGGGGCUAAGCGGCCAGGAGGACGGCUGGCGCCACGGAGUUUCAGGCAGUCUGCCCGCACAGCUGGUACCCAGUCGGAAAUUAAUGCAGGUGAUGGACCACACUUGUCAUCCCUGCACUUGGGACGCGGAGACAGGAGGAUCAUGUGUUCAAGUCCACCCUGAGCUACAUAUGGGGUUUGAGAUCAGCCUGGGCUAUAUGAGACUCUGUCUUUAGGAAAAAAAAAUUGGGGUGGGGGAAGAACUGGAGAGAUGGUUCAAUGGCUGCUUUUUUAGAGGACCAGGGCUCUGUCUCCAGCACCCACAUGUAACCUCAUCACCAUCAGUAAUUUCAGUCCCACGGGAUCCGGUGGCGUCAUUUGGCUUCUGCAGUCACCAGACUCACAGGUGAUACACAGUCACACAUGCAUAAUGCAAAACACAUUAAAAAAAUAAAACUAAAUAAACAUAAAGUAACUAA